AUGGAGGCCAACAACAUCGUGCCCUCGAACUUCACCCUGGGCAUCCUGGUCAAGCUCUACGGCCGCCGCCGGCAGCUCGACAAGGCCUUCGAGGUGGUGCGGGAGCUGCCGCGGAAACACAAGUUUACGGUCAACGCGCAGGUGCGAACGUGCCUCAUGUGCACCUGCAUCAACAACAACUCCCUCGAGCGCGCGCUCGCCGUCUUCGAGGAGCUGAAAUCAGAACAGGCCUGCGACGCGAAGGCGUACCAGUCCCUCAUCAACGGCUGCGUACGGCACGGCCACCUGGAGAGGGCGCAGAUCCUGGUCGAGGAGGCGUGCGGCCUCGGACGCGAGCCCUCGCCGCUGCCGCCGGGCCAGACGCUGCCCUCCGAGGCCGUGGAGCAGCUGCUCCGCGCGCUGGCCAGCCGCGGGGAGAUGGACCGAUCGCGUGGGCAACCCGCUGCUCGAGAAGCUGCGGGCCGCGAAGGUGCCGGUGGACAAGAAGAUCUUUUCGGCUGCCCUCAACAUGCACAACAAUCGCGAAGGAGACUCUCGCGCAGGAGGCUACAAUGCAGGAGGCCGCGGUGGGAGGCGCUGAGCGCCCGCGGAGCGGCGCCGCGCCGUGCGCCGCCCCGGGGAGCGCGCGCGGCAGGCAUGGCGUGGGCCCAGAGCUCGGACCCCGGAGGAUCGGGCAGAUACUGA